CACUUCCGGUGUACACAGCCCGUCCGGGCGGUACGCUGGGGGCCGGAUCGCGUCGCAGGAAAUGACUUAGAAGCCUUACGAAUACAUCUGUGCAUUCUUGCUUCAGACUUUACAAUUGAGGGCCAACCCAGUCUGGAAGCACCUCUUAUUAAUGUUACAGAGAAACUGCUACCUCAGCAAACAAAAGGAAAGGAGGAGAAGACUUAUAAUAACGAAUGGCAUUUUUAAGAAAACUUGUUUUCGGAAAACAUUAGAGGAAACUUGGAGAUUUUUAGCAUUGAGGAGAAGUUUUACAGGUAAAUGGAUUCGACAGACAGGUUCUGUCAAAAUUCUUCAGAGGUUUGAUUUUCCUUCUUAAGGACUUUGUGUGAGUAAUUCUGUACUGCUUUUUAAAUCGCUGUUGAUCAGCUUGUGGGUUUUUGGGUUCUAACUUUUUUGGUAUAUUGAAGAUACAUUAUAUUACAUUAAAAAAGUUAAGUUAUUUUUCUGCUGUUGUAAAUACAAGUAUCAAAAUAUUCUUGCAAAGCAAUUAUAAGUAAACUUUUUUCUCAGCAAACAUAUCUUUUUAUUAAGAGCGUGGAAUGCUAUACGCUUCUUAAAGAGCAUUUUGGACACACUUUUAUUUUUUGUCAGUUGUCCUGCCUACACUGAAAAUAUUAAUUAUAUAAGCCUCUUGCCCUUUUCUCAUCUAAGUUGGAUCACAUGGCUACCUGUCUCAUGGAGAUGCCUUUUUUAAAACUUGGACUUGCAGAACUCCACUAUUUUUAUACCUAGCUACAGUUUUGGAAAAAAAAGAAACAGAAUCCUGACUUGCUCACGGUCACUGGGACAGUUCCCUCUCCCGCAUGUAUUGCUGCAGUGCCCAAGACAGUAAAAUGGACUACAAGCGGCGCUUCCUGCUUGGCGGGUCCAAGCAGAAAGUGCAGCAGCACCAGCAGUACCCAAUGCCUGAGCUGGGCCGAGCACUGAGUGCCCCCCUGGCAUCUACGGCCACUGCUGCUUCUCUGGGCAGUCUGACUGCUGCAGGCAGCUGCCACCAUGCCAUGUCCCACUCCACUCCCAUCGCUGACAUCCAGCAGGGCAUCUCCAAGUACCUGGAUGCCCUCAACGUCUUUUGCCGUGCCAGUACUUUCCUUACAGAUCUCUUCAGCACUGUGUUCAGGAACUCUCACUACUCAAAAGCAGCCAUGCAGCUCAAAGAUGUGCAGGAGCAUGUCAUGGAAGCAGCUAGUCGGCUGACCUCGGCCAUAAAGCCUGAGAUUGCCAAGAUGCUGAUGGAACUUAGUGCUGGGGCUGCAAACUUUACAGAUCAGAAGGAAUUCAGUGUCCAGGACAUUGAGGUGUUGGGGCGAUGUUUCUUGACAGUUGUGCAAGUGCAUUUCCAGUUUUUGACACAUGCUUUACAGAAGGUCCAGCCAGUGGCUCACUCUUGCUUUGCUGAGGUCGUUGUGCCAGAAAAGAAGAAUAACAGCAAUGGCGGUGGCUUAUCUGGCAUAGGCCACACACCCGAACUGGAGGAAGCUGUGCGAUCAUGGAGGGGGGCUGCCGAGGCGACAUCUAGACUAAGAGAAAGAGGCUGUGAUGGCCGCCUGGCAGGAAUUGAAGUUCAACAGCUCUUUUGUUCGCAAAGUGCAGCAAUUCCUGAGCACCAGCUAAAAGAACUGAACAUAAAAAUUGACAGUGCUUUGCAAGCAUAUAAAAUAGCCUUGGAAAGCUUAGGUCACUGUGAAUAUGCAAUGAAAGCUGGCUUCCACCUGAAUCCAAAGGCAAUUGAAGCAAGUUUGCAGGGCUGCUGCAGCGAGGCGGAAGCCCAGCAGACGGGGCGGAGGCAGACACCCCCGCAGCCCAUGCAGUGUGAGCUUCCCACCGUCCCUGUGCAGAUAGGAUCACACUUCCUGAAGGGUGUCUCCUUUAACGAGUCGGCCGCGGACAAUCUGAAACUUAAGACGCAUACGAUGUUACAGCUGAUCAAGGAAGCAGGCUGCUAUAAUGGAAUCACACCCAGGGAUGAUUUUCCUGUGACUGAAGUACUGAACCAGGUUUGCCCAUCCACAUGGCGGGGUGCCUGCAAGACUGCUGUGCAACUACUGUUUGGCCAAGCUGGCCUGGUGGUAGUCGACACAGCACAGAUAGAAAACAAAGAAGCCUAUGCCCCCCAAAUUAGUUUAGAAGGCUCCAGAAUUGUGGUUCAAGUCCCAUCCACAUGGUGCCUGAAAGAGGACCCUGCUACCAUGUCCCUGCUGCAGAGAAGCCUUGAUCCGGAGAAGACCUUGGGUCUGGUGGACGUGCUCUACACAGCUGUGCUCGACCUAAACCGCUGGAGGGCAGGGAGGGAACAAGCUUUACCCUGCAUACAGAUCCAACUUCAAAGGGAGAUCUGUGAUUUUGGGAAUCAGGCUGACCUGCCUUCUGGAAAUGGAAACAAAUCUUCAGGUGGCUUGCAGAAGACAUUCUCCAAACUGACAUCCCGGUUCACCAAGAAAGCUUCAUGUACCAGCUCUAGUAGCAGCACAAAUUAUUCCAUCCCAAAUACCCCUUCCAAAAAUAUCUUCAUAGCUGGGUGUUCAGAAGAAAAGGCCAAAAUGCCUGGUAAUAUUGAUACAAGGUUACAAAGCAUUUUGAACAUUGGUAAUUUCCCUAGGACUACAGACCCUUCACAGUCAGCUCAGAAUUCCAAUAAUCCAAUGGCCAAUGGUUUUCUCAUGGAGAGACGUGACAACUUCCUGCACGGGGAUGAUGGCAAGGACGAGAAGGGUAUGAACUUACCAACAGAUCAGGAAAUGCAGGAGGUGAUAGAUUUUCUUUCGGGCUUUAACAUGGGCCAGUCGCAUCAGGGCUCCCCAUUGGUGACAAGGCGUAAUUCUUCUGCCACAGCCAUGGUGACUGAGCAGAAGGCAGGAGCCAUGCAGCCACAGCAGCCAUCAUUGCCAGUGCCCCCUCCACCACGGCCACCCCACACUGGGGCACACACGCCUCUGACGCCCCAGCCAGGACUGGCACCUCAGCAGCAGUCCCCAAAGCAACAACAACCCCAGGUCCAAUACUACCAACACCUGCUCCAACCCAUUGGACCACAGCAGCCCCCACCCCAGCCUCGGGCACCAGGGAAAUGGGUUCAUGGCUCAUCCCAGCAGCCAGCACACCCUGUUGGAGCAGGUCUGUCUCCUCUUGGUCAGUGGCCUGGCAUAUCUGAUCUCAGUUCUGACUUAUACAGCUUGGGACUGGUGAGCAGCUAUAUGGAUAAUGUGAUGUCAGAGGUUUUGGGACAGAAGCCACAGGGACUUAGAAAUAACACCUGGCCAAACCGUGACCAAAGCGAUGGAGUCUUUGGAAUGUUAGGAGAGAUUCUGCCUUUUGAUCCUGCAGUGGGCUCAGACCCAGAGUUUGCACGCUAUGUGGCGGGAGUGAGCCAGGCGAUGCAGCAGAAGCGGCAAGCCCAACAUGGUCGCCGUCCAGGCAACCCCCGGGGCCACUGGCCGCCCAUGGACGAUGCCCAUCGGACAUGGCCUUUCCCAGAGUUUUUCACAGAAGGGGAUGGCCUGCACAGCGGCUGGUCAGGUACUCAGGGAGACUCGGCCAGCUCGAGUGAUGAGACAUCUUCAGCCAACGGCGACAGUUUGUUCUCCAUGUUUUCGGGGCCUGACCUUGUUGCUGCUGUCAAACAGAGAAGGAAACACAGCAGUGGAGAGCAGGAGACCAGCACGCUGCCCUCGCCGCCUCUCCUUACUACAGUGGAAGACAUGAACCAGGAUAACAAAACCAAAACGUGGCCACCCAAAGCACCCUGGCAACACCCUUCCCCGCUGCCCAGCACACUUCCUAGUCCAAGUGCACCACUCUAUGCAGUCACCAGCCCCGGCAGCCAGUGGAAUGACACCAUUCAGAUGCUGCAGUCCCCUGUGUGGGGUGCGACCAGUGACUGCAGUGCCACCUCCUUCACCUAUGUGCAGACCCCGCCGCAGCCCCCACCCCCACCAGCACACAAGGCGACACCCAAGGGCUUCAAGGCCUUCCCUGGGAAGGCUGAGCGCAGGCCAGCCUACUUGCCACAGUACUGACCUAAGGCCAGCCUGCCUGCCUUCCCAGAGCUGUUGGGGUGAGUGUACCUGCCCCACGGCUGACUAGCUGACACCAGCCCCCCAGAGGACCAGUGCACCCCAUCCCCUGAGGGUUCCUUGGGGUGGGCGUAGUUGGCAGCUCCAAGCCUUUAAGGCCUGCUUUCUCAAACUUUAGGGGCACCAGACCCCCUGGAGAGCCAGCUGAAGAUGGAGGAUUCUGACCCUCAGGGGGAUGCUGGAGGAUCUGCAUUUUUAAUAAGCACCUCAGGUGAUUCUGAUGCAGGUGGCCAAAGGCCACACUUUGAGAAACACAGUUCUAGGGUUUUUAGUGCUGCUGUGUGUUGGGAAGGCAUCAGGCCUGAAAGCUGAGAGCAAAACUGACCAUUCUUCUGAAUCCCUCUCCUUCUUCCUUAACACAUUGGGUGAUGAGCACACCAAUCACUGUAUUUUAUAGCUAUUUUUCAUGUAGGUUUUUAGUUAAAACAUCUCCUGGCUAAAAUGUAUUGAGUAUUUUAAGGAAACAGACGUGCUGGCUGGAAGUUUGUUCAACACUAUUUUUAUUUAAGCUUAUACAAAACAGGCAAAGUAUAGCAUAUUUGUGAUCAGAAGCAGUCACUUGGGUUUUCUGUGGGUAGGCAGCCCCUCUUCACCCCAGUGGCACCCAGUGGGGUGCAGCCUUUACCAGAUUUACAAAAACAAGACUGUAAAUCUGAUGUUGGAGGCAUACUCCUGACAUGCAUGCAGAUGAGCCAGCUGGCUGCAGCCUCUGUGCAGAAUAAAGCUGCACCUGCUGCCCUCAGACCCUUCCACGUGUGGCCAGAGGCAUUGACACAGUCCUCAGAGAGCAGGCAGUGGUCAAGGGGCUGCACAGAGACACCUGCACUUGAAACUACAGUAACAUUCGCGAGCUGGCUCAGAAGACAAACCCAUUAAGAUGUAGAUAGGAAAUAAUUUAAAGUCUUUUUUUAAAAAAUCCACCUCAUUUUCAGUUAACAUGUGCCAUUAAGUAGAUAACAUCCUGUGGAUUUAGGAAUAUUUUCUAGCCAGAAUGGAUCCAGAAGAAUUGAAUGGUGCUUAAAUUGAGAAAUAAUAAUAAAUAUAUCUAUAUAGAGUAGACAUAUCCCACUGUAUAUUAAUUGAGGUUACAGAAAGUUCUUUAUAUAAAACUUAUUUAAAUUUUUCAUAUUUCAUCUUUGAAAAAGUCUGAGAAAAAUCCAUAAUAUUUUCUGGUAUGAAAGUUUGACAGUAUUAAUAUUUUUUUUUAUAUUUUCUUAAAUCAUUAAACCAUUUUAAUAUAUGUUAACUACUAAUAAAUGGUUUAUUCUUUCUAACUCCAUAUAAGCUUUUCCAACAAAGAUUGUAAUAACACAUUUAUGUUCUCAUUUUUCUACAGAUAUAAGUAACUUUAUAUUUAAAAAUACCAAAAAGAAUAAAUAUAUGUACAUAUGUAUGCGCACACACACACACACACACACACACACACACACAUACACACACACACACACACACACACACACAACACACACACACACACCCCCCCCAGGGUGUCUGAGCCCAGCUGCCUGAAUUUUUAGUACUGUGUUGUAAGGCUGUUUCCAGGUCUGGGGUGUUGUCUUUUGUGCUAAGCGGGGAUGCCAUUGCUGCCUGUACUUAUGAUCCUUUCACCGUGGGUUCUGAACAUUCACCUCACCAUGUUUACAGAGAACUGUUUUGUACAUAGACUUUUUCAGGCAUGUGCUUUGCAACAACCCUGCGUGGCUCUUGUCUCUGUUAGCUGUCACAGUGUGCACAUUAAUCUCUUUGUUAGUUGUUUGUGGCUGUUUUACUUGUAAGAUAGUUUUCUAUUUCCUUCAGUAAUGUGUCCACAGUACCCUGUAUUUCGAGUUCUGUUAUACUGAAGUAUUAUUGUUUUAAUAGUGCCUCCCCAAAGACCUCACCCUGGACAGAGGUUAGUCCUUGAUGCCCCAGCACAGGUGACAUCGCUAAUUGUCACUUUCCAGUUUGUUUUUCUCUAUAAGGAAGACAUUUUGUAAUUGCAUCUCCAUGGGUUGUGAUACAGUGUGAAGCUGUUUGUGUGGUCUCCAUGUAGGUGCUGUGUUCCUAGCACCGCCUUGCUCUAAACACUGGUAAUUCCAGGUGCUGCGCUCGGCAGAGGGGUCUCGCCAAAGCGCAUGUGUGUGCGUGUGUGAGUGUGUGUGUCCUUUGCAUGACCGGGCAUGGCUGUCUUGCUCGGGCAUCAGCAGGAAAUUGUGUGAAUAGUUACAAUGCUUCCAAACUGGAACUCUACAUUUUGUAUCUUACUUUUAAAGCUCCUAUAAGUAAAAUAACUA